GUACACUGUCAGAUAGCCAUGCUGGCUAUCCCUGCUGAUGUCCUGCUACGUGUACACGUAGCCUCGAACGGACAUGCUCCCUUCCUAAUAGAGAAUCUAUCCUUCAGUGAUUGGGCGGCCAUGGUCGCGGUAAUGCAAACUAGGCCCCAUGAACUUGAGGAUAAGAUCAAGGAGCUUGCCUCCAACAUUGCAGAAGUCUGUAGAAGGUCUGCCAUUGAGAACAGAGAGCUAAGCCUCAUCAUCGCUAAGGCUGAGAAGAUCAUACUCGAGCUCCACGGAUACGACACCGCGCAUCUGGACUGCGCAGGUCAGAUUUCCAUAAACGAGAGCUCUGAGACCUUCACAGACAUCUACAUCAAUAGUAUUGCACGCACUCCUGCAGAGUUAGAUUACUUCAAGAAGAAGAAAGCCUUGAGAAGGGACAAUGCCCACAUGAAGAUCUCCAGCACGUCUGGCGAGGCCAACCACAAGCUCGGCAAGAACAGCUCCUUCUUACCUCUCGCAUCGAGCACAUGGACAGAAAAAGCGGUACAAUGGGUCCACAACAGGCUAUGGAAGUUGAACUCCUUCAAUUAUACAGCACCGAUUAGUGUGGAUGCCUACAUGGCGCUAGCUGGGCUGAAUGAUGCAGACAUAGACAACUGUCGAACUGCUGCCAAGAACGCGACCAUCCACUUUCCUGCUGGACGAGCCGGCUAUGAUGCGGACUUCCUGCCAAUUGCCAAACUGGAGGAAGGCAAGUGUCCUAAAAAGUCGCUGCUUCACCAGAAGGGUAUUCCCAGGUUUCCCACAGACCUACUUGAACUCAAGAAGCUGUGGAAUGCUGGGAGACCGUUUCUCAAGUGCCCAUGCAUUAGCUGUGAGUUGAACUUCACAUGGCUGGAUCAUAUGAUCUGGUACAUCAUCGGUAACCUCGACAAGUUGGACCCGAAUGCACCAUCAGACAAGAUCCGCAUGCUCGAAUUCCAAGCACUGCUGCGCACUACAUGGAGAAGACCAAUUCUGGCCCAGAUCACGUUCCUGUUCAUGCGUGAAUACAUGAUGAAGAUCGUUCAUCUCAUCACGCAGAACAAGAACAUCUCCGCUGAAGAAAUCCUCGCUUUUGAAGAUUUCCAUAACGUACCAUUUGUACGGAAGUUCACUGCAGCACUCCUCCCUAACGCUGAAGGACUUCUCACGCCAAGCACAACCAGAAGAAAUGGUGCCAUAGACUUCGAGGACAACUCCUUGCGCAGAUGCCGCCAGAUCAGACUUGGUACUCCUGCCUCUGGCUUACCUGCAAUGCACUCAUCUGCUACACAUACACCACCCGCCUCUACCAAUGCGCACGCACAGUCACCACUACUAGGCACUGCUACUGCGAAUGCACAUGUUCUCCAAACCACUCCACCGGCCUCAGAUCCUAUAAUCCACAAUGCUGCUUCCAUUUCAGCACCUUAGCCACUGAGACAACCUGGCCCGAUCACGCAACCACCUCAAGCUGCAAACUCCCGCCCCUCUCACGACACGCCCGGUAUGCACACUCACAAUAGUGGUCACACACUACGCAACACCCAAAAUGCACAGCAGAGCCACAUAAACCCACCACACAUCAGCCACCCUUCAAUACGCCCCAACACACAGGCCGGCCCACUGCCCAUUCCCACCAUCGUUCCCACUACUCCGUGGCACGCUAUUGCCCCCCCUGUUCCUCAUGUGCAAGUAAACACCUUCACCUUCG